CCUCCAACAACAACCAAACCAACCAGCCAGAGCAACGAUGGCUGGCGGCGGCGUGGAUGACGGCUCCACGUACUCACCCCUGGUGGGUGGCGUGUAUGUCUUCAACUUGAUCGUCGGCGCAGGCGCACUGGCCAUGCCAAAGGCCUUCAGCGAGAGCGGUUACAUUGGAGGAUGCAUUCUCGUUGCUCUGCUUGCGGCCUUCUCGUACUUGACGGUCACCUUUAUGAUCGAGGCCAUGGCCAUCGCCAACCGCUUUCGCCGCCACGAGGAGAGACAACGGCAUGUGCAGAGCUCCGAGGUUGCGCCCCUCAUCAAUGAAACAGAGGCCGCCAAUCCGUUUGAGAUUACGCACCGCACAGAGAUGGCGGAGAUGGCCAAGAUGUUCUUCUCCACGUGGGGCCUUCGCUUCUUCUAUGCAUGCAUCGUCAUCUAUCUCUACGGCGACCUCUGCAUCUACGUCGUCGCAAUCCCAAAGUCCCUUCAGUCCGUCGCCUGCGGCAAUCUUUCGCACCAGGCGCAUUCGCACUCGCACCACGAGAACCACACCUAUGCCCACCACCACUGCAUGGGCACGCUCGACUCCCAGCAGGCAUACUACGUCUUCCUGACUGCAUUUGCGGUGGUGCUCGGUCCCUUCUGCUUCUUCAAUGCGCAGAAGACGAAAGCGCUGCAGAUCUUCACCACCGUCAUGCGCUGGUCCACGUUCAUCAUCAUGAUCGUCAUCGCCCUCAUCGGCAUUGCAAACAAAAAGGGCUUCAACCACGACGACCACGUGCCGCAUGCGUCUGACGUCAGCACUUUCAAGGCCACCGGACUUCCGGUCCUCUUUGGCGUCUCCAUCUACUCGUUCAUGUGCCAUCACAGCUUGCCUUCGCUACUGACGCCGAUUACGCGGAAGAAAACGCUUGGGACGGUGCUGUCGCUUGAUUUCCUGCUGUGCUUCCUCUUCUACGCCCUCCUCUCCCUCACCGCCGUCUUCAGGUUCCAAGCGGACAGUUUGAAGGAUUUGUACACGCUCAACUUCACGGACUUCCCGUCCAAGUUUGUCUCAUACUUCCUCGGCCUCUUCCCUGUCUUCACGCUCAGUGCGAAUUUCCCGAUUAUCGCCAUUACGCUGCGCAACAACCUGCGACAUCUCUUUGAGCCCCCAGACAGGCCCUUCCCAGCAUGGGUCACACGGUUUGUGCUGCCUAUUGCUGCAAUUGGCCCGCCAAUCCUGGUCGGCUACUUCACGGAGGACGUCGGCUUCCUCGUCUCAUUCACCGGGUCAUAUGCUGGUGUCGGCAUUCAAUACGUCAUCCCGGCCCUGCUGUGCUACUUUGCCCGCCAAAAGGCCAGGCGCGUCUUUGAGACAUACGACAAUCCUCACGCGUCUUUCUUCUCACACAAGGGCUGGAUUUUGUUCGUGGUUGUGUGGUCUGUGGUGUGCAUUGGGGUGGUCACGUUCAACCACAUUUACACAAGGUCAUGACACACAUACAGGCACGCACUGUAAAGUGUGCCCAACCUAGCAUUGUGCAUUGUUGUUCUUUGAUUCGGCGUUGUAGUUGGUGUUCUCCUCCUUGUGGUCCUUGCUUGCCUGGUUUGCUUUGUACUCUUUUUUGUGCGUUUGCUGUGCUGUAUGCUUGCUCUGAGCUUUCCUUCUUCGUCUUCGUCUUCUUGUUUUUCUUCUUCUUCUUUGCUCUUGUUCCUGCCACGCAUGGAACACGCUGUGGAGUCAGCAAGCAAACAGCAACAAGGGCCAA